AUGAGUGUUGAGAAAGUUGCAAUUUUAGAUGCUGGUGCUCAGUAUGGGAAGGUUAUCGAUCGCCGUGUCCGAGAACUGUCUGUUUUCUCUGAUAUAUUACCGAUCAAUACUCCAAUUGAGAAGCUUAUGAAAGCCGACUACAAAGCAUUCAUACUUUCUGGAAGUCCUGAUUCAGUCUAUCAAUCACUAUGCUCUAUGUGUGAUCCUUUGCUGUUUGAUGCGAAAAUACCCAUCCUUGGUAUUUGCUACGGGAUGCAGCUUAUAAAUAAGGUAUUUGGUGGUCAGGUGAUGGAAGGUGAUACUAGAGAAGAUGGAGUGUUUUCUGUUGACUGUGAUACGACAUCACCCUUAUUCAAAGGCCUUUCAAAGCAAGAGCAUGUACUGUUCACCCAUGGAGACCAUUGUGUCACAGUUGCUUCUGGAUUCAAGGUUAUUGCGAAAUCCGGUUCUAUUAUAGCAGGCAUUGCGGACGACGAGAAGCGUCUGUAUGGCGUUCAGUUUCACCCAGAGGUGGAUCUUAGCCCGUGCGGAUUGAAAAUUCUGAAAACUUUCUUUUCGGUGUUUGCAAUUUGA